UCAAAUCGGCGUAACGGCAUUGAUGUCUAUAAAUGGGAUUACAUGGCCAGAGACUGCCGUCACACAGGCAUCAAAAACAGCUUUGAUUAUUCUCGCUACAUGAAGUUAGCAAGGGUAAUGGAAGUGGAUGGAGAACUACAAAUCUGUAUGAGAGAUAAGGAAGCUUUAAAUCUGUACAACAUGUUCAAAACCCGCUACCGACUCCAGAAGUCCGCCUAUCAACACAAAAAAGUCGCCUGCUUGGACUUAAUGGUUGCUCAAGCUCUCAAAAAUGCAGAUAAACACAUACUAAUUCAAGGAAAAAAGAUCUCUGAAUGUCAAGAUAACGUGGAGGCGUUAAGUAAACUCACAGACUACAUAUUACAAAAAAUCAAAAAUGCUAAGAUUGAUGAGGCACAAAAUGAAACGCCUGAAUUAAGAGAGAAAAUUAAAGAAAUGAAAAAAGCAAAAGAAAUUAUCAACAGUAUUUUCAGCAGAAAAUUUUUCACUUGUGUUUAUGAAAGUGAUCCUUUAGAGCCACAAGCUAUUAAACAGUUCGCUGAGAAGCCGCAGGUUCAAGAAAAAAUAGAAAAAAUGAUUAGAGAACAAUAUGAAGGAACUGGUGUCCCAGAAUUCUUUGUUGAGCUUUCUUACAUCGAUUUUGGCAUGAUGCAAGAAAACCCACUGACUAGACUUAAGGUGUAUUGCAAAGAAGACCCACACACAGCCAGACAGUUAACUAAAGACGAGACUAGCACGAUCAUGGAGCCAUCAGUCUACGAUGAAGUUGUCGUUCGUAUUUUCAGUCCGGAACUCGACACAGGCGAUUUAAAGAAACACGCGGAAAAAGUUGUCAUAAUACUGAACCAAGCUGCAAUAACCUCACAGGGCAAUUAAUUUGAUUUUAAGAACAAACGAAUAAUUUGAAAGACAAUGUUGUCACUAAAAAGAGGAUAUCUAACCAUAGAAAAGAUGCUGCUGACUUCUAAUCUAGGAAAAAAGCUUGGGCUAGUUUUUAGCUACACUAAUACGUUGCCUAAACAUGUUUUCAUUGAUGGAUGUUUCCGAUUUGAUGUAAAUUCAAUUUAACGAAUACCGGAGUAAUCCAGCUUUCAAUGGAGCCACAGACAACAUGAUGGCUGAUGUCAAACAUUUCGUAGUGAACGUGUAAUAUU